UCCAGACACAUGUCGUUUGAACUGACAUUUUGGGAUCAGUUAACGGCGCGAUUUCAUCGAAACAUAUUGCUUAAAUACAUUUGACGGCAUUUCAUAUUGUGAACUCUUCUCGAAAACAUGGCUUUUAGUACGGUUUUAUUGGCAUUUUGGUUACUGCUGCUGUGCCUGCUUGAAUUUGUGCUUUCAACCCGUUAUUUUACUGUAAGGAAACUUAGACAACCUAGGACUUUGACAUAUCCCAAAACAGCACCAACUCGUCUACAAUUCAUUGGCGGUAUUGGUAUACCCGUUGAAGAUUUACUCUAUGAAUCGGUCACCUCUGGCUACGUAUUAAAAGCUGAAUAUUUUCUGCCUACCAAGGCAGAGGAAAUGAGACCACAAUAUCUGACGCCACAAAAUGUAAAUCGACGCAGCUUUAGAGAUAUUGUUGAGCACAAUUAUACAACUGCGCAUGCAUACAAUGUCAGUGCGAAGCAUCAUCAUCAGUCUGGUAUACUGGGUCGGCGGCACGAGAGUUUUGGUACUAAUUUGCAGGGUAAACAGAAGACGGCAUCUGCUUAUCGUUGGAUUAUCUACAAAGGCAUGGAGACUCUGAUGAAUCGUGCCGGUCUUUCGGGACGUGAGUGUAUGCUACGCAGCAUUUGUGAGCACGCGGCGUUGCCAUUUCACUAUGAAAGUGGGAUUUUGUCAGAGAUACUGCAUAUUAUAUUAACGCCUUCCCGUUCGCAUGAUGAACUGGUUCAUCCUAACGACCGAGCAUAUGGACAUGCCGAGCGCCUGGGCCGAAGUGGCGGAGACUGUGCUGGAACAUACUUUGCAUGCGCUUACACGCCUAUAGAACAAAUUUCGACCGUUUUCGAUCUAGAUGUUGCAUAUAAUACAUAA